AUGAAGGCAGCGACAGGUCUUCGACGCGUCGUUCGGGGCCUCGUUGUCUCAACCGGCGCCAAAGCUCUUUGGGAAUCCCACAGGGACCUGAAGAUCCUGAUACUCUUGCGCAUGGUACGCCUGCUGGGUCACGGCGGCACCACAAUGAUACUGGCCGUCUACCUCCACGGCCUGGGUCUCCCGGACUCGGACGUCGGCUUGUUCAUGACCCUGACACUCAUCGGGGAUCUGGCCAUCAGUUCUGGCCUGGUUUACUUAGGCGAUGUUUUAGGGGUCCGUGUCGUGGCAGCCAUCGGGUCGUUGUUGAUUGCCAACGAGAUCGAUCCUUUCAAGCCUGUGGAGGAGUCGGCAAUCUCCCGCCUCAGCACGACUGACACUUGCAGUGAUAUGUUCGCUUGGUGGUCCAUGUUGGGCAUGUUCGGCACCGCAGCCAGCAACUUACUCACUGGAUUCAUUGUCGACUACCUUCAGAGAUCGGGAUACCCUCUCCUUGCUUCUUACAAGAUAGUAUUUCUCUGCUACGCAGGUAUUGGCCUGACCAAGCUUCUCUGUGGGCUUCUGCUCAGCUCUGAUGUUGAGCUGCGGCCUAUAAUAAUAUCGGAUGAUGGCUCAAAGGCAAUUAGCACAGAUUGUAGUGAUGAGAAUCAUCAGUACAAGGACAUGGAACAACAUACACAGCAAGAUUACGGCCACGUGGAGAGGGCUGAGGAAACUCAGCCCCUUCUCUUCAACUCGACGACGAACCAUAAUUAUUCUACCGCACCAUCAAGCCCCGCCACGUCAAGUCCGCCGCUCCAGGCUGAACCGACCAGCAUUGCCGCCCUGCCGUCAGACCUCGCAGCCAAGAAACCCAUGUUCACACCCCAGUCCCUCUCCUUCAUGACCCGCCUGUCCGCCUCCCUGAUCUUCGACUUCAUCGGGUCCGGCCUCGCCCAGAUAUCGUGGAUGACCUACUUCUUCAAGCGCGAGUACGACGUGCCCGACUCGUCCCUGGGCACGGCGACCUUCGCCGCGGGCCUCGUCUCGUCGCUGCUCAACCUCGCGUCGUCGCCCCUGGCGCGCGCCAUCGGGCAGGUCCAGACCAUGGUCGCGUGCCACGCCGUCAACUCGGCCUCGCUGCUCAUGGUCUCGGUCCCCGGCGACAGGGACCUGGCGCUGGCCAUCUUCAUUUUCCGGAUCCUGACUCGGGAGAUGGACAACGCACCGAGGCAGGCGUUCAUCGCGCGGGGCGUGGAGGUCGAUGAGAGGACUGCGGCUAUGGCGGUUGUCAAUGUUAUCAAGACGGCUGGGAGCUGUAUUGGCCUGUAUGCCACGGGGUGGUUUGCUGCGUGGGACGCGUUCUGGUGGGCUUUUAUUGUAGCGGGCUGUUUGAAGUUGGUGUAUAAUGUCUUGAUCUCGGUCUUCUUUUGGGGGACCUGA